AUGAAAGUUGUUGAAAGUUUUCCCAGUAAGAGAGCCAUUUCAGCUAUCAAACGGAGCUUUCAUUCCGGCCAAUGUGUUUCCAAUGUGAAACUGAGUAAAGAUGAGUUUGUGUCAAAAUUGCUUGAUAGAAGAUGGACAUUGCCUAGCCCUGAUGCUAGGAUUCACCAAAUAAUGCUUUCAACCAGCAAAGUACAACCACAACCAGGAAGACCCUUGUCUGAUAUUUCCUUCUGGAACAAUACUAACCCAUGUUUUAGUGACGCUAUGGCGGAAAAGGACGAUUCUUUCUUUAUUGUGAGGGAUGAUUUGUUGCAUCCGUUGAUCAAUGGAAACAAAGCAAGAAAAUUGGAUGCAUUGAUUCCCCUUGUCGAAGAUCAUUCCGUGACUGAUGUGGUGACUUGUGGAGGUUGCCAGAGUGCCCAUACAGCAGCUGUUGCCGUUUCAUGUUCAGAAAGAGGACUGAAACCACAUUUACUCCUACGAGGGGAGCAGCCUGAAGUACUGACUGGCUAUAACUUGAUGUCAACCAUAUAUGGCAAUGUCACUUAUGUACCAAGAUCGCUUUAUGCCAAUAGGGAAAAGAUGUUAAAGAGCCAUGCUGAUACUCUGGCAGGCAGUAGCGGUACCGUCCUUUGGUUUGAUGAUAUUUUGGAGGCUUCUUUGAAUCAAAAUGAUGGUGCUCUGAAUCUUUCGCAAGAAAUUGCUCAAAGAAGUGACCAUCCUCGGAAAAUUGUAAUUGUCAAUGAAGGUGCAGGAGAUGUUGUAGCAUUACUAGGUUUGACUCGCCUAGUGCAGUACUUAUCGCAGAAUCACUUGCUUGGGAAUGGAAGGGUCUUGAAGCUUGUUGUAGAUUCUGGAACUGGGACAACAGCUGUUGGUUUAGCUCUUGGAGCCAUAUGUUUGGGGCUCCCAUGGGAGGUAACUGCAGUGAUGUUGGCUGAUACGUAUGAUGGGUACAGACAUCAGGAGAAGCGUUUGAUUUCCAAUUUCAAGAGGCAUUUUCAUACUCAUAUUGAUCACUGCUUCAAUGAUAUAGAUAAAGGAAUCGUGCACUGGGUAGAACGUUGUCACCCAAGAAAAUUUGGCAAUGUAUUAGAAGGGGAAUUAGAGGCAUGCCAACAUAUUGCACAACAAACUGGUAUUUUAGUCGACCCAGUUUAUACACUUUCUGCUUGGGAGAAGGCAAUGGCCCUUCAUAAAAAGGAAGCAGAAGUUGAAGGAGGUGCAAAAGUGGUGAUGCUUCACACUGGAGGCACUCUAGGCAUGUUUGGGUUAGCACAGAGGUACAAAUCUUACUUCUCCAAACUCAAAGUUGGACCAUCCAGUUGA